GAAAGAGUUAAGUCAGGGGCAAGUGCGGGAAUAACAGGAUAAUAUAUAAAAUAUUAAAGAAAAAGGAACAGUGAUAAGCAGAACUCUGGACAUUACAAACCCUAACUUAGUGCAUUUGACUUUAUCUGACUUUUUUUUUUCUUUUGUAAGAACACAAACACAAAAAAGGAAAAAAACAAGGAAAAGAAAAGCAAGACACCUAACUAACGCUCUUUGUUAUCAGUCCAAUCCAAUCUCUUGCAGGCGAGUAUAUAGUUGUUUGGGGUUCAUCUUCUCUCAAAAUGGCUGAUCAGGAAUCUGAUAAGAAUAUUGAAAUAUGGAAAAUCAAAAAGUUGAUUAAGGCAUUGGAGUCUGCGAGGGGUAAUGGUACAAGCAUGAUUUCUCUUAUAAUGCCUCCUCGUGAUCAAAUAUCUCGUGUCACUAAGAUGUUAGGCGAUGAAUUUGGAACUGCUUCCAACAUUAAAAGUAGGGUCAACCGUCAGUCUGUCUUGGCUGCCAUUACAUCUGCUCAACAGAGGCUGAAGCUUUAUAACAAGGUUCCUCCCAAUGGGCUGGUGCUUUAUACUGGAACUGUUGUUACCGAGGACGGCAAGGAAAAGAAGGUGACAAUAGAUUUUGAGCCUUUUAAGCCUAUUAAUGCAUCACUUUACCUUUGUGACAACAAGUUUCAUACAGAAGCAUUGAAUGAACUCUUAGAAUCUGACGAUAAAUUUGGUUUUAUUGUCAUGGACGGAAAUGGCACUUUGUUUGGGACAUUAAGUGGUAACACUCGAGAAGUGCUUCAUAAAUUUACUGUUGAUUUACCAAAGAAGCAUGGAAGAGGAGGGCAGUCUGCUCUGCGUUUUGCUCGACUUCGUAUGGAGAAACGGCACAACUAUGUUAGAAAAACUGCAGAGCUUGCCACACAGUUCUUCAUCAAUCCUGCUACCAGUCAGCCAAAUGUUUCUGGUCUGAUACUGGCUGGUUCAGCAGACUUCAAGACUGAGUUGAGCCAAUCAGAUAUGUUUGAUCCUCGUUUACAAGCAAAGAUAUUGAAUGUUGUUGAUGUUUCUUAUGGAGGAGAGAAUGGUUUCAACCAAGCCAUUGAACUGUCAGCUGAAAUUCUAUCAAAUGUAAAGUUCAUACAGGAAAAACGCUUGAUUGGGAAAUACUUUGAGGAGAUCAGCCAGGAUACUGGAAAGUAUGUCUUUGGUGUAGAUGAUACAUUGAAGGCUUUAGAAAUGGGUGCUGUUGAAACCCUUAUUGUGUGGGAAAAUCUGGAUAUUACCCGAUAUGUGCUGAAAAACAGUGUUACAGGUGAAAUAGUUAUAAAGCACUUGAACAAGGAGCAAGAAACUGAUCAAAAUAACUUCAGGGAUGCAGCCAACUCUGCGGAGUUGGAGGUUCAGGAGAAGAUGCCCUUGCUUGAAUGGUUUGCCAAUGAGUACAAGCGUUUUGGUUGCUCACUUGAAUUUGUUACAAACAAAUCUCAAGAGGGAUCACAGUUUUGCAGAGGAUUUGGUGGAAUUGGGGGUAUUCUUCGCUACCAGCUUGACAUAAGAUCUUUUGAUGAGUUGUCUGAUGAUGGGGAAGUCUAUGAGGAUUCAGAUUAGAAAUGCAUUCUCCAUGUUGCGGGACUAUGUGAAAGCGUGUAGCAGUGUGAUGGAUCAAUGUGACUGUGUGGCUUAAAAUUCACAAAAGUAAUUUUAGAUUUUGCUGCUUUAACAUGUUCUUACUUUUACUUCCCAUCAUUUGGACAUUGAAAUGUUUCAGUUCUUCCCCCAAUUUUAUUUUCGUAUCUCUGGAUCUUUUUCACCCCCUCGAGUGAUUGAGAUUUUGUGCAAGAUGAUGAACUAUUUAUGGUUAUUUUCUGUGCGGACUUGAUACAAUAGAGUAGAAUAAUUGUUUUUGCUUUGGAAA